GAAAUAGACCAAAAGAACGGUUGCCUUAUUUUGGCUCGACCCUGUUUACCUUCAGUAACACAAACCGUUUGGAGCUCCACUCUGAUUCUGAAUUUUUACCCGAAAAGAUUUGAAAGACACUAUCCCACAGAUAAUGGCUCCAACCCUGGCUCUGCUGCUGCUCUGUCAACUGGCCUUGUAUACAGCAGUAACAUCCAAGAGAGAAUGUGGCCGCCCGCUCCUGCGUGACGGUAUGGACAUAAACGAGCUUCAGAGGGUGUACUCCCCUGGGGACAUGGUGGUGCUUUCCUGUAGGAAAGGAUACACUCCCACCUCGGGUGCCCGCACCAUCGUCUGCUCUGCUAAUGGAGAAUGGACCCAGUCGAGACUCAAGUGCUUACCAAAGACUUGUUCUUUCCCAGAAAAAUCCGGGACCAUGGAGAAAUGGAGUUUGUCGACAUUGUGUACCAGAGUACUAUCAACUUCACCUGCCAUGCGGGGUACACCCUACAAGGAGCCAGUACCAUUGAGUGUUUGGCUGAUGGAGAAUGGACCGAGCCACCCCCAAAGUGUUUACCACUGACCUGUGGUCUGCCUCCAAUACCUGCAUAUGGAAAAAUUGUCUAUGACAGCCUGUUCUAUGGAAACACGGUUGUGUUUGGUUUCGGGGUGUCCUAUCAGUGCCUGCCUCCACUUGCCCUCAUAGGUAAUGAGAGGGGAAUGUGCAGUGCUAAUGGAAAAUGGACUGAGCCACCAGAAUGUAAAUUGGUGACCUGUCCACCUCCAAAAAACAUCAGCAACGGUUACAUUACUACUAUAGUGAAAAGGGAGUAUGGUUACAUGGACACUGUCAGAUAUGGAUGUAAUGUAAACUAUGUUCUGGAUGGGCCUGUGGAAGUUGAAUGUCAAAAAACAGGGGAUUGGUCCCAGAAUCCGGCUUGCAGGGCUCCAUGCACGAAUGAACUUCCCAAAGGAUACUACAUGAGAAAUCAUUGGCCCAGCAAAACCCUCCAUGAAGAAGUAAUCACUUUUCGCUGUAUUAACAUGGAAAAGAUGUGUGGCUAUGCAGUGUCAACUCAGUGCAUUGAUGGAAAAGUCAAAUUCCCCAAAUGUUUGGAAGAAACAAAUGUUUUUGUGAAAGAAUUCAACUCUACUUCUCCGCCGCCUGAGAUAGCCAACUGCUGAUUGAUGCAUAAACAUGACUAAAACAAAUAAAAAAUACAAAAUAAA